GCAACGGCUUCAUGACCCGCCGUUCAAAGCUCGGGGUGUCACUUAUGAGUCCCUCCCGCGGACGGUAAAGAUGGUCGCCUUCGACCAUUUCGAGGAGAGGCCGAAACACGCCUCGGUCUCUGCCCUGACGGGGAGAAAGCGGCCGGCUGAAGAAGAAGGGCGAGGAAGGCGAAUAGGCUACCGACUCAAGGCUGCGAAAGAAGAAGAUGAGGAGGAGGAUGAGCCUGACUUCUUCUGUAGCAGAAGGGGAAGGCCUCGCUCUCUCUCUCUCACGUGCUUGUGCAAGGAACUGUGCAGGCUUUCGAAGCCGACUUCCAAUCUGUCGCUGACAGAGGAGGAGGAUGACACCCCUAAAAGCCUGGUCGCAGACUCGAUUUCUUGUUGUAGUGACGAGCUUCGUGGCCACUUUGAGCAAGGUAGACGGGAGGAGGACGAGAAGAAGAAGAUGUAUGAGACGUUGUUUGGUAGAGAUGAAUAUCUGCCGCCUUCGGAGGAUGAAGACAACGUCGGCGGCUGCAGAAAUGGCUCGCAGCAGAGGAUACGAGUGGAAGCAGGGAGAGAGUGGUGCAGCGACCUAACAAUCGGCCCCGGCGAGAAGUUUCUGAUGGCGGAGGUGGGGAUGGUGUUCGACGCGGCGAGGACUGGCGAGAAGGGAUCGGAGGCUUCUCACGGGUCGGUGGCGGUGUGCGGAAGGAGGAGGGAGAUGGAGGACGCGGUGGCGGAGGUGCCUGGAUUCUUUUCGGACGGGCCGGCGAAGUUCGACUUCUUCGCGGUGUACGACGGUCAUGGCGGGCCGCAGGUGGCGGAAUUCUGCCGGGAUAUAAUGCACAGGGUGCUGGCGGAGGAGAUGGAGGGACGGGACUCGUGGGAGCUGGCGAGAAGCCACGAGGAAGGGUGGGGCAGGGUGAUGAGGUCGUGCUUCAGCAGGGUCGACGCCGAGGUCGGGCGGAUGGUUGCCCCAGCCGACGUCCGUGUUGUCGGCAUGCCUUCGGGAUCGACGGCGUUGGUGGCGCUGGUGGGCGAGCACCACAUUAUCGUGGCCAACUGCGGUGACUCCAGAGCCGUUGUCGCUCGUGCCGGCAGCGCCGUCCCCCUCUCCUUCGACCACAAGCCGGAGAGACCAGAUGAGAUGGAAAGAGUGGAGGCGGCCGGGGGAAAGAUCAUCAAUUGUGACGGGUACAGAGUUCUGGGAGUGUUGGCAACGUCUAGAUCCAUAGGUACUCUGGCAUUUGACUAUGGAUGGAUUCUUGCUGCCAUCUUGCCUUCGCUGACGAUAAAUUUUGCAGGAGAUGGUUACCUAAAGCCAUACGUGAUAUCGGUGCCGGAGGUGACGGUCACCAACCGGACGGCGAAGGACGAGUUCUUGGUGUUGGCGAGCGACGGACUGUGGGACGUAAUGUCGAACGAAUUGGUGUGCAGAGUUGCUCGGAGGUGUCUGUCCGGCGCUGCUAAGAAGAGGCUGCCAACGGCGGAACCGUUGGCAGGGAGGACCAGGUCGGCACUGGCGGCGGCGACGCUGGCAGAAUUAGCUCUCAACAGAGGGAGCUACGACAACAUAAGCGUUGUGGUGGUGGAUCUGAAGCUCCGCACCAAGCGGUCGAGAGCUUAGCCACCAGAGCGUGCAUGUGAUCCAAGUGCACUUCGCUGCGUCCAUUUCCUGCAAAAUCUCAGCUCGGCUAUUUUGUCCCUAGUAUCUGGGUUCGACCAGCCAUUUCUUGCUUGCGUCCCUCUCUCUGGCAUGUUUGGCAGAGAGAAGAGAAGAUCCGCCUUCUCUCCUCAAACUUACCAAAAAGAGUAGCGAUGGAAUCGAACAGGCUGCCCGACCAGCUAGGCCUCCGAAGGAGAAAGAGAGAGAGAGAGAUGCAAUUGAAGGGAGAGAGAAAUAUGCAUAAUUAAGAAGACACUUGGCCAACGAUCAACUAAAGGGAACGAAGCCAAAAGAGAAAGAAGAGAGAGAGAGAGAGAGGUAGAGAUGAGGAGCGCAAGCCGACACGGGCAACGGAAACAGACACCCAAUGCCCGCAUAAACGAAGGGAAUUAGGCUCACAUACAAAAAGGGGAGGCCAUCAAGCCAAGCAGUUCGAACUAAGGCAAGGUUGCCUGACAGAUCCACCAAAGGGCGAA